CGUCAAGUGCGUGGCCCAGCGAGCAGGCAAGAAGCUGCCCGGCCAUCAAUCGAGCAAGCAGGGCAGGCAGCUGCGAUGCGGGUGGUGUUCCUGCACCCGGAUCUGGGCAUCGGCGGCGCCGAGCGUCUGGUAGUGGACGCCGGCCUGGCGCUGCAGCGCCGCGGCCACCACGUCUCCUACGUCACGGCGCACCACGACCGGCGCCACUGCUUCCCCGAGACACUGGACAGGCUGCCGGUGCGCGUGUGCGGCGGCUGGCUGCCUGGCAGCGUGUGCGGCCGUCUGCGCGCCUUCUGCGUCUACCUGCGCAUGGUGUACGCGGCGCUGUGCCUGCUGCUGGCGCCCGGGCCGCCGCCCGACCUUGUCUUCUGCGACCAGGUGUCGGCGUGUGUGCCGCUGCUGCGCUGGGCUGGCCUGCGCGUGCUCUUCUACUGCCACUUCCCGGACCAGCUGCUGACGCAGCGGCGUUCGCCGCUUAAGCGGCUGUACCGCGCGCCGCUCGACUGGCUGGAAGAGCGCUCGACAGGCGCCGCUCACCGCGUCCUGGUCAACAGCCGCUUCACCGGCCAGGUGUUCGCCGAGACGUUCCCGCGCCUGCGCCACCGCCGGCCGGACGUGCUGUACCCGUCGCUGGACCUGGCCGCGUUCGACGCGCCGUCGGACCUCUCGCUGGCUGAGGUGCUCGGUGUGAACUAA